GCAAAGCCGCUCCAGUCUGGUCCGCUCGCUCACACUCGGCCGAGCCUCUCUCCUCUCCCCUCCUCCUCUUCCUCCUCUUCCCUUCUCCCUGCCGCCAACUCCACCUCGGCACCGCGGACGUAGACGCGGCCACGCCGCAAGCGGCACCACACGCACCGCACACGCAGACGUCGUCGGUCGCUCUGGACCUCUCGCUCUCUCUCGCUCGCUCGCCACCUUAUGCACCACCGUAGGACACACACACACAAUUUACGCACAACUUACACACACACAACGUACACACACAACGUACACACACAACGCACACACACAACGUACACACACAUGCACACAACUUGCGCACACAACUUACGCACACACACAACUUACGCACACACACAACUUACGCACACGAACGCAGCGCUGGCUAAGGGAGAGAGAUAGACUUUGCGGGCAAGUGUUCAACACACGCACAUAGGCGCGCAGCGUUCCGCCGGGCAAGGCACACAACCACCAACACCACCACCAACAACAACAACCACAACCACCACCGCCGAUGGGAAAUUCGCCAGCCGUGAAGCAAUGGGCACGGAAGACGAAGCCGUGAUUGCGGAAGAGGAGUAGAGAGAGCUGUUCCCCAGCUUGCCAAUUCAGAUCGCACUAUUAUUGUACGUUGUACACGUUACACACAUAUAUACACAUAUACACACACAUAUACACACACACACUCGGCAUCACCACCGUCUGGGCGCGCGUGUUGAGCUGAACCCGCGGCCACCACGACACGGGGUCGUGGUGCCAGUGAAGCAGUGGCAGCAGGCGGAGGCACCGGUGGCUUUGUGUCGCUCCCUCUGUGUAGGGGGGCUAGGGGCCAGCUACCCACCACCGGCUUGUGUGCACGUCAAGUGUGUGCGUGUGUGCCCGUAAGUGCCAUCCUCUGAACUCAUUUCUCUGGAAUAUAUCAAGCCAAGAAGACACCACCAUCAUCAUCAUCACCAGCAGCAGCAGUAAGAUCGUCUGCCUGCCCUGCACCCUGCAAGGCGGGGAUACAGGUGCCCUGCCAUCCCGCGCGCACCAGGAUGCCCGACUCCCCCUCGGACGUGAAGGCCUCCUCCAGAUCGACUCCUCCGAUCCGCAGCGUUCCGCAAGCCGCCAUGCCUCCCCCUCCCCCCGCCACGCAGAGCAUCAACCGAGCCAGCUCCUUCACGCCCACGAGCAUGCUGAACGGUGUGGGCCACUCUCCGCCGGGGAUGAACGGCGCCCCUUCCCCGCCCAACGGCUUCGGCAACGGCCCCGCGUCCUCGUCCUCCUCCUCGCUGGCCAAUCAGCAGCUGCCGCCGGCGUGCGGCGCCCGCCAGCUCAGCAAGCUCAAGCGCUUCCUCACGACGCUGCAGCAGUUCGGCUCCGACAUCUCGCCCGAGAUCGGCGAGCGCGUGCGGACGCUCGUGCUGGGCCUCGUGAAUUCGACUCUGUCUAUUGAAGAGUUCCAUGCCAAACUUCAGGAGGCGACCAACUUCCCUCUGCGCCCGUUCGUGAUUCCCUUUUUAAAGGCCAACUUGCCGCUGCUGCAGCGGGAGCUCCUGCACUGCGCACGGCUCGCCAAGCAGACGCCGGCUCAGUACCUGGCCCAGAACGAGCAGCUGCUGCUGGACGCCAACGCUACCUCUCCCGUCGACUCCUCCGACCUCAUGCUCGAGGUGGCAGAGAACGGCAAGCGGCGGACACCGGACAGAACCAAAGAGAACGGCUACGACCGGGAAGGACUCCACUGCGAGCCCCCCAGCAAACGCCUCUGCUCCCUGAGCCCCCCGACGCCGCGCGGCUUCAGCCCCAGCAACGGCCUGCCCCACCACCCGACCCCUCCGCCCCCUCUCCCCGGCGGCGCGGCGCCCUCCUCCCACGGCCACGGCCACGGCCACGGCCCCCCGGGGCCCCCGGCCCCCGGCCCCCAGCCUCAGCCCCCGCCACCGCCGCCGCCCCCUCCGCCUCCUUCCCAGGCUCCGUCGGGCCCCGUGUCGGUGCCGCCGGCGGGCGCGUUCCGCGUGGACGAUAGCGGCCCCGCGGGCCUGCCCAUGACCGCGGCCGCCGCCGCGGCCGCCGCCGCGGCCGCCGCUGCGGCGGCCCACCACACGCUGCCGGCGCACCACGCGUACCGGGAGGUGUACCGCGCGGCGGGCGGUGGUGGCGGAGGCGGUGGCGGCGGCGGUGGCGGUGGUGGUGGCGGCAACGCGGAUGUACGGGAGACGAGGGAAAGGCAUCGAUCCAUCGGACUGCACGGAGGACGAGUCGAGGAGGUCAUUGAUCACAGGCUGACCGAUCGAGAGUGGGCAGAAGAGUGGAAGCAUUUGGAUCAUCUGCUGAACUGCAUCAUGGACAUGGUGGAGAAGACGCGGCGCUCCCUCACCGUCCUGCGGCGUUGCCAGGAGUCGGACCGCGAGGAGCUCAACUACUGGAUGCGGCGCUACAACGACGCCGAGGACCUGCGCAAAGAAUCCCAGAGGGAGUUCCCACACCGGCCCAUCUCAGGCUACAUGCCCGACGAGAUCUGGAGGAAAGCAGAGGACGCGGUGAACGAGGUGAAGCGCCAGGCCGUGGCGGAGCUGCAGAAGGCCGUGGCGGAGGCGGAGCGCAAGGCACACGAGCUGAUCACGAGCGAGCGCGGCAAGAUGGAGCGCGCGCUGCUCGACGCGAAGCGGCAGGCGGCCGAGGACGCGGCGACGCUAAUCAACUCGCAGGAGGACUCGAGCGAGAGCUGCUGGAACUGCGGCCGCAAGGCGAGCGAGACGUGCAGCGGAUGCAACACGGCGCGGUACUGCGGCUCCUUCUGCCAGCACAAGGACUGGGAGCGGCACCACCACGUGUGCGGCCAGGGACUCCACCAGGGCACGACCGGCGGGCGGCGGUGGCGGUGGAGGAGGAGGAGCGCCGACCGGAGUUGGCGGAGUGCCGGGGAUCGGCGGCGGCGGAGGCGGAGGUAUCGGCGGCGGUUCCAUAGUCGAAUCUUCGGCGGUCGCCACGUCGACGGCGGCGGUUGGUGGAGGGGGGGCCGCGGCCGGAUCCGGGUCGUCAUCCGGCGCCGGCAGCCCCCCAAACAACGGAGCGUCGACGUCGCGGUCCGGCUCUCCCCUGGAGCCGUCGGCGACCGAGGUGGCCUCGCGCUAGCGCCGUGGAGAGCUGCGCCGAAGCUCGGGACUUCUUUGGCGCGACCGGAGGUUGCAGAGGCGCGGUCCCUCUUGUUGUCGCGUUGACGCAGCGUCUUUCUGGUUAAGGCAUCGAUCGGGACACCGUUGCUGCGUUUCCGUGAGGAUGUGAGAUUCACUGCUGCGCAAGCUGCGAAAGCUUGAGUCGGUUUCAGACGGCGCUCUGCAAAACGCAUCGGGGGUUGCGUUUUAUUGAGAGCACUUUGCCAGAUCGGUGCUCAAAGUGAAAAAAAAGUGUUCUAUUCAGGAUUAUGAAAGAAAGCACCGGGUCAUAUUCUCUUUGAACAAUCGCGAGGCUGCAAUCACCAGGCUGCAGAUGAAGCCCGGAUUCAAACACGAGGCCGCUUCCAGACCUUGACACGUGACUCACAGGCCUGAGAAAGGAAGCGGCACGUAGCGGAGGAAAACGGUUUUGAACACGAACGAAGCUCUGCGUCCCCAGACCUCCGCUAACGAUAGUCUGGCGAUGGAGCCGAAACUGGUGGCUGACUCUUGACAACACAACGGAUGCGUUCAAAUCUCUUAAGGAACGUCAUCCUCCUCCUUGCUCUUCCUCCUGCUCCUCCUCCUGCCCGUCGUUGUCGUCGUCGUCGUCGUCUUGCUGUGUUGAUCUGUGUUGCUGUGUGGACGUCACUGGGAGAAGGUUGGGCCACCUUUCCAGAGAUUCCAAGCAUGGUAUGACCUCAUUUUCCAAACUAGUGAAACUACCUUAAAGUAACGUUUUUUUUUGGAUGUACGGAUCGCUUUGCGGUGGCUCGGAGAGCAACCUUUUCGUGGCUCGAUAAACGUUUCUAUCGUUCGAGACAAUAAAACACCCUCCUCGUGGAGAAUGCCUCAUGUAAAAUCACCUCUCUGUACAUUUUUUUGCGAUUGCAAAAAGAAGACAAACUACGACGACAAUAACAGCAACAGCGACGACGACGUCACUGCCGCGGACGUUCAAAAGGUUACUUGUCGUUGGGAAAAGGGAAACGCAGCGAAACAAUUUUGACUGCCGCGUGGAAACGUGGCGGGGAGGGAAAUGGGGGUUUAUUGUGUGCCAUCAUCGUCAACAAUCUGUGUGCUCUCACAGCCAUGCAGGGAACAUCCAAAUGAUAACAACGGAACAAAAAAAAACACAAAGCAAAAUGUUAAUACCGAUGACCUCUUGAUGACACCAUAAAAUGAAUAAAAAAUGCAAGAGCUUUUCUUACCAAUAACCAAAACAUGCAUCGUUUAAAACAUUACAGUCAUAAAAAGAAAAUCAGGUUUCUAAAACAAAUACAGUACACAACAUGCGCAUUCGACGAGUUGGGAUUCGGAAGUUGAAAUGUAAAUCUACGGACACGAAGUGAACUCUCUCUCUGCGCUGCGCGUCCGUGUCUCUGGUCUCGACGCAUCGCGACUCCGGGGUCGGGGUGACUUCCGGGAGCCUCCGCGAAGCGAGCGUGCGGCUGCAUUCCAAUGCAAUGCCAAAAAAAAACCUACAAAAUAAUCUAUCAACGAUGGUAGCACCCAACGGCAGCAGCAUCGGUGCGAGCGGCUCGACUGCAAACGACUUCGUUGGCCGCAUCUCUCCUGGCGACGCGCUGUUCUCCGGGAAUUGAUUCACCUCCUGCACACAAUGUUUUUGUAAAUACUAGGCACGGAUCUGUCUUUUUUUCCCCACGGAAUGUUUUUUUUCGCACAGUGGAGUACGAUGAAAGCGUUCUGCUUGAUUUUUUUUUUAAAUAUAUGUUUAUUUCAAAAUUUAGUGUCUAGUGUUUUUUUUUUCUUCAGUUAUUUUGUACCCAGUGAUAUACAAUUGCAACCUGGAAUGUUCUGUUUCUAAUCUGAAGUCGUUUCAAAAAAAUGGCAACAACAGUUUAGUUUUAGUUUCAGGCGGCAAUUCUGUGACAUGAUGCGAUGUUUCACUGCUCGCUGACGACACUGGAGAUGCGAUUGGAAUACAAGUUAAGAUGAAAAGACGCAAGUUGCAGGCCACUGCUCCGACAAUACGAGAACGUUUAACCAUCGUUUUCUGAGUCACCCAGUUUGUAUGCUCAUUUUCUAAUUAACUUUUUUUUUUGCUUUUUUAUCCCGAGUAUAUUCAAUUUGUAUUGCCAAUCAUGUCAAGAGAUUCUCAGUGAGCAGUGUCCCUCCCUGUCAGGGAACAGUCCCUUCAGGAUGACAUAACAGGACUCAUUCUGAAGUGACUUCAUCACACCAGGGGCACACCUUUUAUAUGCCCCGCGCGAACCGUUUUUGUCACGUACAAAUGAAAACGAAAAUAAAUCCCUGAAUAUGCCAAAUUAAGUGACAGCCGGAUUUUACGUCAUAGCUUUGAACCAACCUACAGCUAUGGUCAAUCAAGCCAUAUGAUCAUUCUGAUGUUAGGAGGCCUUCAUCCAGUAGUUAUUUGUUUUUAUAUAUGAUUUGGAUUUAAAGUAAGGAUGUCGGCUCAGUGCUUGAGCAUUAGCUACCCAGGCCUCUCCUCAUUGUACUGAUAAUUUAGUAUCCUGACAAUAGGCUGAUCACUCAGCCUGCAAGAGACAUCCUAAAAUGAGUACCAUGGAGUUGACUUACUUAUUUGCCAUUGUAGUGGACUACGAUGGGAAUUUUCUACGUUGCACUUUUAGUUAAAAUUUAAUUGGCAUAUUCUGAUAACUGAUUCAGUACAAGUUGCAGCAUUUUGUUUUUACGGGUGAGCUCACUCAUGCAAAAAUGACAAUCACUAGAUUUUGCUAAGAUUUUUCUCCCGUGCAACGCAGUCUCCCACGUUCCCUGAGAACAUUUUCGUCCGAUUCCGGAUUCGCAUUUCCAGGAUUUGAACGAUGAAAAAAGCGAACGGGACUUAACGCGCGAUUUGGAGCGACUGUAAUCAUACUUCACUGUGCGAAAGUGAUUCUCCGUUUCUCUUACAUUUUACCUUCACGUCUUUGUGAACUGUUCCAGAGACUGUAAGGCCCUCACGUGUUGCGAAUGAAACCUGCUGGAACACAACAUCACGAAGGCUUUUUUUUUUGCUCAGGUUUUAAGUGGUUGACCCUCUACUCGCGAAUGCAUUCUGUUCAUCCGGUUGGAAGUGACACGAAGCCCCCUUAAACAAAAUAAGAAGCAUAAAAUGCAAUCACCUCAAGUCUCGACGUCUACAGCCGACAUCAUCCCAAAUAGAAAAAGUUGUGUUCAUCCACACUAUAUAUAUUUACUAAAGACAUGCACGCGCGCGUGUGCGUAUAUACCGUACGUUUAUAUUGUAAGGCCUAUGCCACAUGUCGCACUUGAAACCCGUUUGAAGGUUGUGACACUCAUUGCUUCUGUGCCACGACAACGCGGGGCCCGUGGCACUUGCGGAGAAGUGAAAUCACAGGCGAAGGGUGUUUUGUGCCCCCUUGUCCGUGUCAUCACGGAUAACAGGAACAACCUAUUACAGGUUCUCCCCCUUUAUAUAUAUAUAAAAUGUACAAUAACCCUUUGCCGAUCCACUGCUGGAUAAAUGCCUCCCUCAUGUGUCAGUCCUAGGGGGAGGUUGUUUGACCAUACUUCACCAUGCUGGUCAUCGCAGGUUGGUGCGGUGAGGAGGCCCCAUGUCCGGUUCUGAUUUCACUCAACACGGAUAUUAGCCACGGCCUGGAAUCGAACUCGGGUUGACAACCUGAAUCUCAUUUUUUCAGGUAAAAAUGUUAAUGGCGGGGUGAGUAUUGUGCUUGCACCCCAUCCGCCCGUGGCCUUCCCGUUAUCCGUAGCUUUGCAGAUAACCAAUCGUUGGCUGUACCCUGCGGAUAAUGGGAGUUGUGGAUAAGAAGAUGCCACACAAGAUGAGUGUCAUUGUAUCGUGUGUAUGGGCAUGUGGUAUAGGAUCAUACAGUAUAUGAAGUGUUGAGUAUAUACACACACACAAGUCGUGCAUUGUAAUUCAAAGAAAUAGAACUACGUCCACAUGAAGAACUGAAAAAAAAACUUUACAAGAGCCAGGGCCACGCUACCUGUGAUGUGGGUGAACCCUGUGGAUUUUACACAAAAAUGGAAUGCCGGUGGGAAGAUAGCUUUGGAACAUCAUUCCUUCCCAUCCGAACUAUAACGAUGUUCGUUUUCAUUCUGCAAGGACAACGCUGAGCAAUCGUCGACGAAAGAGACCCAGUUAAUUUAUAACGGAGAAGGCACAACUGGGUUCCAAGACUCUUCCUGUUGGCGGGAGGGGAUUAGGGGAUUCAUUCCGUCGGCAAUGAAGCAUCGAAAUCGCAGGUCACGGGGGGAGCGAAUGGGGUUUGCGAUGAUCUUUGCGACGACCUCUGAACACACGUUGGACUUUGCGGGGCUCGUUUUAAUUUCAUACCAAAUAAAGGCGUGCCAAUUAUUCGGCGGAGUGGGUUUAAAAGUUACAACAACAACAACAAAAAUGUGAAAAAUGUUAACAUGCGAUGUUAGCACGAAAUAAGCUGAACGUUGUUGCUGAAGUCAUCCCGUGGUCGCCGCCGCUGCGAUGUCCGACUCGACACGUCAAACACUUCAGCCGUCGGGCUGCAGUUACGUGUCUUCUCCAAGGAUUGAAGAUCUAAAUAUAUAUAUAAAUAUACAACAUAACCUCAAAUUCUUGUCGAUAACGGUUAACAGGUACAUGGUUGUCGUCUGUGUUUGCUGUCGUUUUUUUCACAUCUCUCAUCUUUUCCAAUCAUUUGUGUGAACUAUAUUAAUGGCACUCCUCAUAUAACCCCAUCUCCACCACCCCCCCCCCCGACUACCCCUAUCAUUAAAUGGUUGGUUCCAAGCCUCAAGUGCUGGCUUUAACACUUUGGAAUCUGCCACUCACGAAUCAGGGGGGGGCGGGGAGGUGAGUGAGAGGGUUUGGGCAAUUAUUCAGGGAGGGAACUCGUAAAAUAAAAAAAAUAAAAGAUGUUGGAAGAGUCAGUCGCUGAACGGUGAAGACAAUACUUUCCUCAAAAGGCUGCACGAUCGAUGGACAGGCGCUUUUUGAUAUUCGGUGUUCAUGUACCCCUAUUGGUUUUGUUUCUGUGAAGCAUCGUGGUUCGUGUCCUAUCGUGCUCGCUUCGCACAACCAAUGUCUCGAGUGAAUGAUGGCGCCGUCACUUUCCACCCCGUCCCCCUUGACAUCCUUACGAAACGCAAAGUAUUAUUCAUUAUUUGGCACGCCAAACGUUUGCCCCCCCCCCCCCUCUGUUCCGCUGAGCAGCAGUUGCCCAGUGAACGUGCCAACAACGUUGGGCACAACGUUUCUACGUUCUAACUGCGCGGGGGUGGCGGACGAUUCGUUACAAAAAAAAUAUUUGUUUGCAACUUUUUACUUUUUUCAACACGGCAACAAAUAUCGAGAUGGUUUGUGUCGCUGUAAAACCUCGCAAAUAUAUAUACACGCGCACACACACACACGAGUCACAAAGUUGUGUAUAAUGAUAAAAUAAUAUUUAAAAAAUUCACCAUCUCAAAGUCACGUCCUUACGAAUGUGAUUGGGGGAAUCAAUUUGCAUUCGGCCACCGUACAGCGCUCGAGUUGAUCUCGACAGGAUCGUGAAACCAAAAACACGAAGCGCUCACGUUGGUCUAUCGGCGCACCUCCUCGCCCCUUCUCAAUGUCGUCGCAUGCACGAAUUUGAUGGGUCGUUCAUGGGGGAGUACAACAAAAAUACUUUAAAGUCACGGCUAUAGCGCCCUCUAUUGGCUAGGCCGCUCGGGGUUACCCCCACCUCAUGGUGGGGGGGAGGAAUUUGAAAACCCAUACGGCGGAACACGGUAGCUGGUCGGCAGGAUUUCGAGAGGUUGAACGGGUGCAACACACGUGGACAAAACAAAAUUUGACCCAGCAUACAUGGACAAAAAUUUACCCAACCCACAUGGACAAAAACAAUUUGACCCAACCCACAUGGACAAAAAUUGACCCAACAUACAUGGACAAAAAUGUACCCAACAUACAUGGACAAAAAUUGACCCAACAUACAUGGACAAAAAUGUACGCAACCCACAUGGACCAAAAUUUUUACAAACGCACUUGGGGGAAUACAAAAAAUUGGCAGUCUAACGGUGAAGGUUAUUGACAGACGCAGAUUUCGAAUGCCACGUUUACCGUAGAUCCACGUUUUUUAUUAAUACAAUGGCACCUGACGACGGUCUAAAUUCGCAAUUAUUUCAAUCGCAGCAGCCAGCUGCCCUCACGUACACAAGCCGGCUUUAAUCCAGGUCAAAUAGACACAAUCUGCCGUUGCUGAACCCACAAACCAUCUUGGUAUUUGUUUCCAAACUUGAUAUACAGGCUUCGAUAAGUGCGGGGGACCUCGCUUCAGCACACAACUCGCGGACGAUAUCUGAAACUGAAUUGUUGCAUGCCUGCACAUGUCCCUGUUAAUUAUCUUCAAACCGACAGUGUAAGGUAUAAGAAAGACGUGUUAGAUGAUCUAAGUAAUAUCGUCAGCUCGCAACGUAUGGGUUACAUUUGCAUGUGGGAAGGCGCCCCGCUGCUGCGUGCCAGUGAUGUUGUGGAUUUGUUGAUGAUCGGAAGGCGACUUUGGCAGUAGCCAGGAGCAGGCAGAUGGCUUUUUUUCAGGAUCUGUGGCUCGACGGUCCGUGCCACGAGUGGUGCAGCCGUCACGCGUGCUUCGCACGAUGCAAAUGCCGCCCAACCGUUUCGCAGCAUCCAUCCCGAACGUUCGAGUUAAUUUCUCCAGCCCGUCAUCAAAAUGCACAGUCCUGUGGCAUAUUUCCUCAUUUAAUCUUUCGCCGACUACUAAUUGUUCCGUGUUGUAGACCUGUGCUGGAAUUUUUGUUUUAUUGGAUUUUAACCGUGGCGCUUCGGUGCCCUCUCUCCGUGACUCGGCCUCGUGACGGGUCUGCAUUCAGGAGCACAGCCGGGUAGUCGCGUCCUCAGUGGAUUCUGGCAACAACAAAAAACCCAGCACCACGUGCAUAAAGCACUUAAUCACACAUACACACUCGUAACAAGCACGGCGAUACUGAACAGGAAGUGGUGUGCUCAGCGCCACUCAUACACUACCACCUUUGUCUCCCCAGAGCUGAUGUUGACAGUGGCCAGCACUUGUAUCGGGCUGAGUCAACCCAAGGGAGAGCCAGGUCUGGGUCGUCGAGGUUCUCAUUGCUGCUGGUGUUACGUACGGUCUUGAAGGGUAGCAAAAGUGAGAGACGCUCUUUCACGUUGAGCCACACAGCCAGUCGUGGCCAAGUGCUGUUAGCGUGCAGCUAUUGAGACUGAACUGGUGCCCUGUGGGGUGGAGUGGCCAGCGCAGUGCAUGCCCAGCCACCUUUGUCUCCUCGAGUGCCGACGAAGAUGAUGUCACCACACUUGGCACUCACUUUACGGCUGUCAACCUACAGCAGACAGACACACACACACUUGCGCACGCUUUCCGUCUUGCUUGCUGCCCAUAGUCGCGUGGCAUGCUGUGAAGCGGUGGUUAUGCUUUGUUUUGUCAUAGACGUAGCACUCGCCUUUCAUCUCGUUCUAUACACUACAUCCACCCACGCACACCGCAACACUUGCUAUGUGCAUAGCUGUAAAAGCUGCAAACAAAAAAAGUCAACAAUUAGUCGAGUAUUCGUGGAUUGAUUUUCUAGUGGAAAUUUUGAACUUAAAAUUCUACGACUUGGACGCGCCGUUGUAUGCACGUUUAACUUCUUUCGCACCGUACGUAACCAACCGUGCUAAUCGGAGGUUGUAACACGUGGACAGUGCGACUCGGAUGCGUGCCACGCCCCAGUGCAGGAGGCUGCCGCACUUCAUGCCUCGAUGGAACGCGCAACUGUCACGCAUCUCCCUGUCCACACGGGCACGGCAGUGACAACCCAUCUCGAUUGGCUGCCCUGGGCUAGCGGCAUUAAAGUCCACAUGCCCACGGCUUGGGACCAGUGCCUCCGUAUGACGGACCCGCCCAUGUGAAAUAUAUUUGCGAUGCUAACUCAAUUGGAUAAGCAGCAAUUCUCCCAAACGGCAAGGGACGUGAGUUCGAAUUUUGCUCAGGUUUGAUUUUGGCAUCAUGAUUAUCAUCAUCGCUAGUACCAUCAGUAUCAUCUCCAGGUUGGGUAAAAUAAGCAGCACCCCCGUUAACUAGCGAGAUACAGAUGAUCAUGAUGUUGUUGUUGGCUAAUCAACGAUACAUGGGGCCCUGCCGUGGGCAGCAGAUAUGAUUGCCACCGCUGCUAGAGGAUGGACCCAAUGAUGGAAGUUGUGCACUGAUGAAUAUCUGUUUGAGCUUGGGGAUGGGCCAAGGUUACACGGUCAUUAGCGGAAACAUGUUCAAUCUGCGCUGAAUUAUGAUGCGGUUUAACCUGAGCUCUUGGCUGAACGGUUCAUAGGGUUUUAGUGGUCUUUGUACGGUACAAAUAUGAGUAAUAAUUAAGGAACGCUAUUGUAACUUCGUGGCAAUGCACACAGCAACUUUGGCGUUUAUAAAACUUCUAACAACUUAUAUUUAGUUUUACUUCCAAAUCCCAUCAUCAUCGAUUGCAUAUGCAUUCUUGAGUGUAUAAUAAUAAUCACAUUGCAGCGUCACCUUUUUUGAAAUGUCCUUUUUCAGCAUCAUAAGUGAACCAUUGUGUACUCGAGUAGAUACUUCAAAUCUCUCUGUGCGUGAAUGCAUUAUGCAUAAUAUCUGGCAAUGUUAUUUUCUGAGCAAAAAAAAUUACCGCCCCCCCCAUCUACCCCUCCCCCGCGCCCAGAAAGCUGUACGUGUUGUGAUGAAAUAACGCGAUAGACGGAUGACGCAGCUUCAUUGCGGUGGCUAUGUUGCAUGUUAAAGUGUGUACAUACUCUUAUGCAGGGUAACUCCCUUUUCUUUACCUAAUGAUGACAUCGUUUUCGUUCCUUUGAAUUGUCAGCUAAGCAGAUGUUAAACAUUACCGUCUACCUCCUAAACAGGACAUUUCGCUCUUUGCCAGAGGAAGCUUAUUUUAACCAAAAUCGCUAGGAAGCUAACUCAUGAUAUGAUAAUAACAAAAUGUUAACAAUAAUAAAUAAUAACAAUAACAAUUAACCAAAACUAUUCGUUUAGCUACAAACCUUUUUUUGACCUGUGUGUAGCAGGCAAAAACGUAAGUCUAACAAACCUCAACUUUUUUUUUAAUGCAGUACUCAAAGGAGAGUAAAAAACACAAAGUACAAAACCCCCUCUGUUUUGUUAUCUGUGAUUCCCUUAAACCUCGCCCCUUAUAGCGCUCGUUUACGAAGACACUUAUUUGCAAUUGUUGUACCUCUGUCGUUAAAGGCGCGUCGGAAUGAAGGGGUCUUUUAAGCUGCAUGCGGUUUCACCUUAAGCGUGAACUCACAAUUUAUAAAAGUACAAGAAAUCUGAAUUCGAUAACGGGUAGCGCUGGGUGCGGAGAAGGAAAACAGUGCCCGUUUCUUUUGUUGUUUUUAAACCCGCUUUCGUUUUAAAAACAAAAGGCAAAAAAAUCUUACCCAAAAUGUCAUGGCUCCGUGUCAAAAUAAAAGCGCAGUGCAUAAUGUUGCACCCAACAAUGUAUGCAGGGGGGUGGCUUUUAUUUUGAUAAGUGUGUAGUCUUGGUGAGUUUUAUUGAAAUAAAAUACCAUACAUUAAUGAUGAUGAUAAUAAUAAUACAGUCUUGCUGGGAUGUUUAAUAUUACAUGUUGUGGAGAAAAGUAAAAAAAAAUGGAAAAAUGUGAAAAACUAAAAAUAUAAAAAUGCAUGUUACAUGUUAUGAUAGUUAAUGGAUGCCAAAAAUAAAGACUGCUUUAAACUUGGCAUUAUCAGUGUACCCUGGUGUAGUAUUCCGUUGAUAUUUUCUGACAGUGCUCUCUCUUCACAUGCUUAUGUUGAAAAUUGUGUCAACAAUUUACGUGUGGAUAGUGUAUUUAAAAACGUAGCAAAAAAUGCUUCUUUAAACACAAAGUGUCAGGAGAAUUGGUUUUGCUGGUUUUGUAUAUUAUUCCUUUGAGUCUCUUGUUCAUUUUAUUCGUGCUUUUAUAAGCCAGAGCUGAAUUUGGAACAUUUCAGCACUGGUUUUAAAUGCUAGAUUGUAUGUGCCGGUUACAAACAUUGAGCUAUCUCGUUUGAUAAAACGUGGCUUAAGGCCACAAUACACACACACUCACGAGAUCUGGGUUCAACCCAAGAUAUUUAAAGACAUUGUGCAAUAACCUUAUUUUACAAACCCUAAAAAAUAAUAGUAAUAAAAAGCCACCCUAGGUUAUUAAAGAUGCAUAACAUGUGUUUGUUGUUGUUGCAGAUUUGCAAAAAAAAGGGUUCAUUUGUUUUGAUUUUGGCCUAGCCGGUAAACACGUGUUGAUAAAUGGGUUUCUGGUUGUGCUUGAAAUGAAAAGAAAAAAAAAAUAUUACGGUAUUUUACGUGCGGCUUUAAAAUUGAUGUGUGCUUGAAGCUUCAUUCUUCCCUGGUUAGAUGUGUUUAGGUGAAAUGCAAGUUGGAUCUAUUGACAUGUACGUUUUGCUUUGUGUCAUUUUGAGCUGUAUUAUACGUGGACUUGUGUGCCGUAUUUCACCCUCUAUAUAUGAAUCAGGUAUUGCUUGUAUAUUCAUAAAUGUGUUAUAAAGCUUAUUCAUGAUUCAUCUAA